UCUUCCACUAGCCUACGUCAAUCAAUCCCCUGGAGACGAUUCCUGCAGCAAGGCGGAAUACGUGAAUGCGCCCCUGUCACAUUCGUGUAAAGGCGGCCUUAGAUGCGAUGCAGAAAGCGGCGACCGAAGACUUGCGUGAACCUACAGCCUCCGGAUGUUCUACCGACAGCUUGUGCGAUGUCUACUUCCAUUAUGCACCACUGACUGGUCUAUGGGAAUAUAUCAAGAGCUUAUGUCGUUCGUCGAUGUCGCUCAAUCACUGGGCUCUCUACUUAAUGUAUAAAGAACAUGUACUGGUGUGUGAAGCGUGGCAAACCGAGAAGAAACUUCGUGGGUGUGCCGCGAUUAUGCCCCACGGCGAUUUGGACCCACUAAUGCACGAACUGCACCUUAUCAAGAGCAGAGCAAAAUUACCGUACGAAUCUGUCAGGAAAGUGGUGGACCAAAUGAACAUGAACGGGAACGACUCCGAGUAUAACGUCAUCCAUAACAACUGCCAACACUGGGUGAACAAGUUGCUACAGCGGCUUAAAACCAUUGAUCCGUGCCUGAGAGACUGUGAUAUCCGUACUUCAGUCAGUGGAGUUGCGUCAGAAGCAAAUGUUAAGUGGUAUGUCCCCGAAUGGAACAUGGAAAGACUCACUAGUGGUGGGGACACCGAUGCCAGUCCUCCAACAGUUCAAGAGCCUACGACGGAUGGCCUUGCGGUAGCACCUGAUGACUCCGGAAGGUGAUAACGAAGCUGCUGGGGAGCCCACCAAGGUGUACAAGAGAAACGGCGUUCCAAUUCCUGGGACAGCGACUUUAUUACGGCUGCGCAAUAGAGGUCUCGGCGAUAAACGCAUGAGUAUUGUGAUAUCCCGUCAGAACCAAAAAUACAUUUUACAAAAGCUUG